AGUGACCCUGGUGGCUUAUGGGCCGUUGGCUGCAGACCCUCGUGACACACCAUGCUGCGUGGGCUGAUGAUGGCGCACAGAGGACAGAGGCCGGAGGUCACACUUGCUUGCCUCCUCUUGGCUACGACAGGCUGCUUUGCGGACUUGAACGAGGUGCCUCAGGUCACUGUCCAGCCGGCGUCCACAGUCCAGAAGCUCGGAGGCACUGUGAUUCUGGGCUGCGUGGUGGAGCCCCCGUGGAUGAACGUAACAUGGCGUCUGAAUGGGAAGGAGCUGAAUGACUCUGAUGAUGCUCUGGGCAUUCUCCUCACCGGUGGGACCCUCGUCAUUACUGCCCUCAGCAACCACACUGUGGGGCGCUACCAGUGUGUAGCCCGGAUGCCUGCAGGGGCUGUGGCCAGUGUGCCAGCCACAGUGACACUAGCCAACCUCCAGGACUUCAAGUUGGAUGUACAGCACGUGAUUGAAGUGGAUGAGGGCAACACGGCUGUCAUUGCCUGCCACCUUCCUGAGAGCCACCCAAAAGCCCAGGUCCGGUAUAGCGUCAAACAGGAAUGGCUGGAGGCCUCUAGAGAUAACUACCUGAUCAUGCCUUCGGGGAACCUGCAGAUUGUAAAUGCCAGCCAGGAGGAUGAGGGCAUGUACAAGUGUGCCGCCUACAACCCAGUGACCCAGGAAGUAAAAACCGCUGGUUCCAGUGAUCGACUGCGUGUGCGUCGCUCCACGGCUGAGGCUGCCCGCAUCAUCUAUCCCCCAGAGGCCCAGACCAUCAUUGUCACCAAAGGCCAGAGUCUCAUCCUGGAGUGUGUGGCCAGUGGGAUCCCCCCACCACAGGUCACCUGGGCCAAAGAUGGGUCUAGCGUCACCAGCUACAACAAGACACGCUUCCUGCUCAGCAACCUGCUCAUCGACACCACCAGCGAGGAAGACUCCGGCACCUAUCGCUGCAUGGCUGACAACGGGGUUGGCGAGCCUGGCGCCGCAGUCAUCCUCUACAACGUGCAGGUGUUUGAGCCCCCUGAGGUCACCAUGGAGCUGUCCCAGCUGGUCAUCCCGUGGGGCCAGAGUGCCAAGCUCACGUGUGAGGUGCGUGGGAACCCCCCACCUUCCGUGCUGUGGCUGAGGAAUGCUGUGCCGCUCACCGCCAGCCAGCGCCUGCGGCUGUCCCGCGGGGCCUUGCGUGUGGUGAGCGUGGGGCCUGAGGAUGAAGGUGUCUACCAGUGCAUGGCUGAGAAUGAAGUUGGGAGUGCCCAUGCUGUGGUGCAGCUGAGAACUGCCAGGCCAGGAGCAACCUUGAGACCAGGGCAGAAUGCCAAGCUGGCCACAACCACACCCCCCACACCGCCAUUCAGACCUGGCAGCCCUGACCAGAUGCUGAGGGGGCGACCCGGGCUCGCCAGGCCCCCCGCAUCCGCACAGCCUGCUUCACUGCCAUGCCGAGGAGAGAAGGGGCAGGUGGCUCCUGCCGAGGCCCCCAUCAUCCUCAGCUCCCCGCGGACCUCCAAGACAGACUCCUAUGAGCUGGUGUGGCGGCCUCGGCACGAGGGCAGUGGCCGGGCGCCCAUCCUGUACUACGUGGUGAAACACCGCAAGCAGGUUGCAAACUCUUCCGAUGACUGGACCAUCUCUGGCAUCCCAGCCAGCCAACACCGACUGACUCUCACCAGACUUGACCCUGGGAGCCUAUACGAGGUGGAGAUGGCAGCUUACAACUGUGCAGGCGAGGGCCACACUGCCAUGGUCACCUUCCGAACUGGGCGGCGACCCAAACCCGAGAUCGUAGCCAGCAGGGAGCAGCAGAUCCAGAGAGAUGACCCUGGCACCAGUCCCCAGAGCAGCAGCCAGCCGGACCACGGCCGCCUCUCCCCCCCAGAAGCUCCAGACAGGCCAACCAUUUCCAUGGCAUCUGAAACCUCAGUGUACGUGACCUGGAUUCCCCGGGGUAAUGGUGGCUUCCCGAUCCAGUCCUUCCGUGUGGAGUAUAAGAAGCUAAAGAAAGUGGGAGACUGGAUUUUGGCCACCAGUGCCAUCCCUCCCUCUCGGCUGUCCGUGGAGAUCACAGGCCUGGAGAAAGGUACCUCUUAUAAAUUCCGUGUGCGAGCUCUGAACAUGCUGGGGGAGAGCGAGCCGAGCGCCCCCUCCCGGCCCUACGUGGUAUCUGGCUACAGCGGGCGCGUGUAUGAGCGGCCUGUGGCAGGCCCGUACAUCACCUUCACAGAUGCUGUCAAUGAGACCACCAUCAUGCUCAAGUGGAUGUAUAUCCCGGCGAGCAACAACAACACUCCAAUCCACGGCUUCUAUAUUUAUUAUCGACCCACCGACAGUGACAAUGACAGUGACUACAAGAAGGAUAUGGUGGAAGGGGACAGGUACUGGCACUCCAUCAGCCACCUGCAGCCUGAGACCUCCUAUGACAUUAAGAUGCAGUGCUUCAACGAAGGCGGGGAGAGCGAGUUCAGCAACGUGAUGAUCUGUGAGACCAAAGCCCGGAAAUCUUCAGGCCAACCUGGCCGACUCCCACCCCCAACGCUAAUCCCACCACAGCCCCCUCCUCCGGAAACCAUAGAGCGGCCAGUGGGCACGGGGGCCAUGGUGGCGCGCUCCAGCGACCUGCCCUAUCUGAUCGUUGGUGUUGUCCUGGGCUCCAUUGUUCUCAUCAUCGUCACCUUCAUCCCGUUCUGUUUGUGGAGAGCCUGGUCUAAGCAGAAACACACGACUGACCUGGCCUUCCCUCGCAGUGCCCUCCUGGCCUCCUCCUGCCAGUACACCAUGGUGCCGCUGGGAGGGCUGCCCGGCCACACCACCGACCAUCAGCCCUACAGCAGCAGCCAGGCCCACCGUGUCCAUGUGAGCCGGGGCUGUCCAGCAGGCCCAAAGCCUCAGCAGCACUGCCCCGAUGAGCUGCAGCAGCACAAUGACAUCAACAGCCUGCUGAGCCAGAGCCUUCUUGCCAGUGGUUAUGACCCCCAAUGCCACCAGCUCACCAGGGGUCCCACACCUCGCUCAGACGAUGGUGCUUUCCUGUACACGUUGCCUGAUGACUCCACCCACCAGCUUCUGCAGCCCCACCCAGACUGUUGCCACCUGCAGGAGCAGCCCGCUGCCCCUGGCCACUUACAGAUGAGGAGUGCAUCCGACAGCUCUGGGAUGGAGGCACCGUGGGAGCCUGCGCUUCAUUCAGGGCCCCCGUGCUGUUUGGGCCUCGUCCCUGUGGAAGAGGUGGACAGUCCCAACGCCUGCCAAGUGGCUGGAGGAGACUGGUGUCCCCAGCACCCCUCAGUAGCCUUCUUAGGACAGGACCCUGGGAUGCGGCGGCCCGCCAGCCCACUGGUACACGUGACUUUGGAGACGCCGCCCCCCACCGUGUAGGCAGGAGCCCAUGUGGCCCAGAGAGACUUAUGUAUUUGUUGUUUUUUUAAAGAGAGAAAACCUGG